ACAGCUAACGGCGCGCUAGGAUCAUCAUUUUGUCCAAAAACAGAUCGCGGCGCACGACCCAGGAACCGGGGCUGGACCCUGCAUCCGCGCCACACCCACCUACGUCACCGCCGUACGUACACACCUCCAUCUCUUCAGCUACAACUCCACCAUCCCUCUAAGCCGCGCCCGCAGCCCACGCCCACGAUACAGUCUGCGAAAGAAACCGCACAGAGUACCAGACCCGGAUCCCGAUCCUGAACCACCUGAGCCUGAUCCCGCCCCGCCAAUCAUCAUCUUCCCGCACCCCAAGCGCCCCGCCUCGCGCUCACCCGCCCGCUCAACAACCCCCCAACCCGCGCACCAAAUGGGCUCCAAAGCCAGCAAACUCUCCCCCUCUUCGUCGCACCAGGCCGGCAAGCUCCAACCCUCGCAGUCCAAACAAGACAAGGCGGAAAUGGCAGAACCUCCCAAUUACUACUCGCACCGCAGCAAGAGCAUGAGGAAGAAGGCGGGCAGGACGCCGGGCAGUGGCGCGGGGGAGCCCGGCGCUGGGAGCGGCGGCGGUUUGUCGUAAGAGACGGCGAUGGAGUGGUACUUUCGUGGGUGCGCAUUGAAGGCGUGGAUUGCGUAGGCUGGAAAGUUUUCGGACAUUGGGCGGUAUAAGUCGGCGUUUUUUUCCGGUUGCGUGUUUUAUCUAGACGGCUGGCUCCCUGGUGGAUGCCUUGCCUUGCCUUGCAUUUUCGGAGGAGCUUUCGUUUAUUUCAGCGGCAUCAUCUCAUGGCAAAUGCGUCUGUAUUAUUGCGAUAGAAUUUGUAUUUCCGCUCUUUUAUUGACACGUGGCAAAUCUGACAAAGUUCAGCAUGCGCAUCUCAACGCACGUGAAGAAGCUUGCAUACGUAAUACAUUACUCAUUCAUCAAAG